ACGCGGGCAGCUUCACCUGGAUAGACGGAACCAGCAGCAACAGAACCUACUGGCAUGACGGACAGCCUGAUAAAUCAUACAACGGAUUUGGGGCAGCGGUGGUGAACAACGACGACCCCGAUGGCUUGUGGAUGGUGGAGAAGGUCACUGAGGAAUACCACUACUUGUGUGAGAAGCCUCAAGGGUCGUGCUUGCCUGGGUGGGAGGAGUUCGAGGGCUCCUGCUACUACUUCAACACGGAGAGUACUGAUCUGAAAGUGUGGGAGGACGCUCAGACCACGUGCAGGGAUGUGAAGGCCCGCAUGGUUGUGCUGAACACCGAGGAAGAGGACGUUUUCUUCCGCAGCCGUAUGCCGGAGCUCGAUAAGAUUUGGAUUGGGUUGUAUAGCGAGCCCGGUAAGGAUGUCUAUUGGACGGAUGGCACAACAAUGGAGAUCAAGAACUUCACUCAUAUGUCUGAUGAAGAUAAGAACGCCGCCAUUAGUAACAGCGUCCAGCAGUGUGCCUACCUGCAGCAGACCACAAAUGCAGAAGGCGAGACCGUUUCCUCUUGGAUUCCUACUGACUGCACCACACCGCUACAUUACGCUUGCGAGGCGGAUGUUGGGGCAAAGCUUAGCCUCAUUCCUCCCUCUAAUGAUCGGCACUGCCCGGUAGGACAAUGGAAGCAAAAUGAAGAUUUUUGCUACCUCUUCCUUACUGACGAGAAGUCGUGGACCCAAGCUGAGGGAUACUGCCAGAGCCUCGACAGUAAUGCUCAUCUCGUGUCAAUCCUCACGUGGGGCGAGCAGGAUUUUGUGUUCAAUGAAGAGCUGGCGAGUGGGUGGAUAGGACUCAAUCAGAGGACAGGAGAACAGUGGAGCUGGAAUGACGGCAGCAUUGUCACUAUCCAGAACUGGGAGGAAGGGGAGCCAAAUGGACAGGAGGAAACUUGCGUUGAGAUGUACAGCAAUAAUGGGAAGUGGAAUGACAUGUUCUGUACUGACCUGAAGACGUUUACCUGCAAGAUGCCAGCCUCUAACACCCCCAUCGGUACCGUCACCACCACCACUGCCAUUCCUGAUACCUCUGCGUGCGGGUAUGACUGGACGGAAAACCCCAGCACGGGCGAGUGUUACCGCGUGGAGGUGUAUGACAUGGUGUACAAUGACGCGCUCCUGCACUGCAAGGAGCUGCACUACUACGAGGGACAGUCAGAGCCGAACCUUGUGUCCAUCUACACACCCGAGGAGCAGGACUUUGUGUACAAAUUGUUAGAGAGUCAGCACCUCAGCCAGAGCAGCAUUUGGAUCGGCAUGAAGAAUGAUUUUGCGGGCAACUACUGGCUGGAUGACACUCCCUCCGCUUACUUCAACUUUGCGGAUGGCGAACCCAACGACCAGUGGAACGAGAAUUGCGUGGAGAUGUACACAGACGGUGGCAAAUGGAACGACGCCUUCUGCAGCAAUCGCCAGCCAUUCAUUUGCGAGAAGAAAGGGAGGAAUUACGUUGGACCUCAGCCGCCGCCUCCCCCUGAAGUGCUAUGUCCAAGCGGGUGGGAAUACUGGGACCACAACUGCUACUACUUCUCCUCGGACAAGACUGACUGGUUCCGGGCUGCGAGCAACUGCGAAGCCAUGAUGGGAAGUCAUUUGGUCUCCAUCACUAACCUGGACGAGAAUAACUACGUGCAAGGCAUCCUGAAGCCAAAGCAGAGGGACGCGUGGCUGGGUUUGCGGGACGACGACCAAGGUAACAACUGGCACUGGACCGAUGGAUCUCCGAUUGACUGGACCAACUGGGGUUACGGCGAGCCCAGUAACUAUAACGGCGAGGAGCACUGCGGGGAGAUGAGGUCGUGGGACUAUUACUGGGACGGAAAAUGGAAUGACAUGAAGUGCACCCAAGACAACUACUACGUGUGCAAAGUGAAAGUUGACACUUGCCCGGUGGACUGGGUGUUCAAUGACGGCAAGUGUUAUUAUGUGAGUGACUUCGAGGCGACCAGGAACGAGGGGGAGGUGAAGUGCCAGGAGAUGAACACGAAGGCAACACUCGUCAACAUUCACUCCGAAGAGGAAAAUCAAUUCUUUGCUAAUCAGCUAAUCCAGAGCAGUCAGUCGUGCUGGAUGGGGCUGCAGUAUAACGGAGCCAACUGGACCUGGGCAGACGGCACACCCAUGGACUACAGUAACUGGAACUCAGGGGAACCAAACAACAUGGAAUCUGAGACGUGCGGCGAGAUGAUUGACUACCCUAACUCUGCUUACGAGGGGAAGUGGAACAACCUGGAGUGUGGAACGUCGAGAGCCUUUGGGUGUGAGUUGUAUCCCACUCACAUGAUUGCCUGCGCUGACGGCUGGGAGGAGUUCGAGGACUACUGCUACAAAGUCUACAAUGACGAUUACUUAUUACCAGAAGAGGCGAGGGAGAAAUGCCAGGACGAGAAUGCCGAUCUGGCGUCCGUCCACUCCUACCAAGAAAACGACUUCAUAUAUUCCUUGUUGGGCUACGAGUCUUUCUGCCCCUACCUUGGCCUCACGGACGUCGGCCACCCCAAGUUCUUCAAGUGGCUGGACGGCACGACAGUGGACUUCACCCUGUUUUCGAGUUCCUUGGUCUUAUGGCCAUCCGAGCUGUGUGCCUGCAUGCAAGGCUACUACUCAGGCGAAUGGAGCUUGGAAAACUGCGACAAUAUGGAGCACUUCGUAUGUAAGAAGCCCAAGGAAGCCAAGCCGCUGCACCCAGUCGAGACGGGCUGUAAUGAGGGAGACAUUUACUACGAGGCAACCUGCUACGGCUUCCAUGAGCUCUCCUCCUCGUGGAAUAAAGCCAAGGAGGACUGUGAGUUCCGCGGCCAGCACCUCGUUGCCCUCGAGACACAGUUUGAGAACGCGUAUGUUUCCUCGCUGCUGGCAGAAAGGAAGUCGAGGAUUUGGAUUGGUCUCUCCGGCACCAUCGCCUCUGACGGAAGUGUUACCUUUUCCUGGGUGAACGGGAAGCCCCUUGACUACUCCUACUGGAAUAGAUACGAGCCAGAUCCAGAACACGGGACUUGCGUGAUUUCCUCAGGGCAGGACAACGGCUUAUGGGGAGUCCGAAACUGCGAUGACAAUUACGAGUACAUGUGUGAGUAUGACCGAGUUGGAUACACCACGCCGACCCCUCCCACCACCAAGGCGCCCUCUGACUAUUGUAUGUACGACUGGGAGCACAAAGGCCUGGCGUGCUACAAGGUGAUGCUGGACGGGGACACCUGGAGCGGGGCAGAGGAGAGGUGCACCAAGUUCGGCGGGCACCUGGUCAGUGUGAGAGACGAGCUGGAGCAAACACUGAUUCUCGGCCUGACAGGGAUGGACGAGGCUGUGUCAAAAUACGGCAGUAUCUGGGUGGGUCUGGUCCUCGACAUUAACUCAGGUUACCAAUGGGUGGACGGAACGGGUGUCGACUUUGUGAACUGGGCAGAAGGGCAGCCAGACAGCCACGAGGGGCGGGAGUCGUGCGUGUCAGCUGAUGCCUCCAACUUGAAACUCUAUGACAGUGUUUGCGUCACCCACAUGCCCUUCAUCUGCGAGGCGCCCACAGGCAGCAUGAUGACCACCGUCACUGCUCCCCCUAAGCCUCCCAUGGACCCGUGCCCUAACAACCCUGACUGGUACAAGUACGAGAACCACUGUUACAAGUUCGUUUCCGUCACGGACGAGCCAGCACAGACGUGGUGGAAGUCUCACAAACUCUGCAGGGACGAGGGUGGCGAGCUGGUCUCCAUUCUGUCACACGAAGAGAACUACUGGAUUGAGUCUAUGAUUUACAACAAGGACGGUAUGGCGAUGUGGACUGGUGGGCGGGCGUUGAUGGGCACCGGGUAUGAGUGGCUGGACGGCGAGCCCUUCAUCUAUGACAACUGGGCGUCAGGCGAGCCCAACAAUGUGCACGACCAAGAGGACUGCAUCAGCAUGUACACCAACAACCAGGGCUACUGGAACGACCUGAACUGCGGCAUCGAAGCAGGUCGUAUUUGCAAGCGUCCGGAUGGCGAGACUCUGCCCCCGGCCAAGACCACCGUGGUCCCUGACGGCCACUGCCCCGUGGGUUGGGUGCACACAGGCACAAAAUGCGUCUACUUUAACAAGAAGAGGCAGAACUUCACAAUAGCUCGGCAGGUUUGCCAGAAGAUGGGAAGCAAGGCGGAUCUGGCCAGCAUUCACUCCGCCGCUGAGCAAGCUUACCUGACUGCGGCCAUGGUGACGCAGGAGCUGCACAUGUGGAUCGGGAUGCGGUACGAGUUGGGCUUCUAUUGGGUGGACCAGUCAGCGGUCACGUACAUGAACUGGGGACCUGGAGAGCCCAACGGAGGGGCGGGGAAGGAGGAGUGCGUGGAGGUGAAUACUGACACUGGCCACUGGAAUGACAUCAACUGUUCCGACGAGUUUGGCUCCAUCUGCAUGAUGACCCAAGAUCCAGACCAGCCCGACCACCACACCACGAAGAAAUGCCCCGCGCCUCACGAGAACUACUUAGCCUACAACGGGCAGUGCUACAGAGCAGUCACUGAUGCCAAGACGUGGGAGGAAGCGGAGGCGACCUGCACGGGGGAGGACGCCCACUUGGUUUCCAUCGAGACUCCAGCCGAGGACAGCUUUGUGUGGGCGUUGUCGCAGGAGAAUGCCUUUAGCAGCUUAUGGUUGGGACUCAGCAACAAGAAGAAUUUUGACAAGUAUGAAUGGUCAGACGGGUGGCCGAUGAUCUACAGUAACUGGGGGUAUCAGGAACCAGUAGGCGACCCACUGAAGCGCAGCUGUGUCAUUAUGAACAUGACGGAGGGCAGCUGGUACACCAAGCCCUGCGAUCAGUCCUACACCUUCACUUGUAAAUACACUAACGAGACGGUACCCACUGUGGACCCGCCAAUCACCGGCACCUGCCCCGACAACCGCUGGGUGGAUCUCAAGGGCAGCUAUUGUUACUUAUUUUCCAACGAAACCCAGAAGUGGGCCGAUGCCAACCAGAUCUGCAUGCAGGAGGGCUCAAACCUCGCCUCCGUGCAUUCAGAUGGUGAAAUGAAGCUGAUCAAGCUUCACAUGAAUGACCGUAAUGAACCCUACUGGCUUGGCCUUCUUGAAUCUAACAACGGCGAGAAAUGGACGGAUGGCACGGGUCUAGACUUCGUGUACUGGAUGAAGGACGAACCGAACAGCCACGCGGAGAAGUGCACGGAGGCGAUAGUGAAGACCGGCCGGUGGAACGACGCAGAUUGUGAAGAAGCACGCUACUACGUCUGCAAAACCCGCAAAAUUCAGGAAGGAACAGAUGUCCCGCCAGUACAAACCACGACGAAGAAGCCAGACGGUAGUGGAGGAGGCUCAGGUAAGCUGAGCGGCGGCGGCAUCGCGGGCAUCGUCAUCGCCGUGCUGUUCGUGGUGGCAGCAAUGGGCUUCGUGGGCUUCACCUACGUGCAAAAAAAACCUAAAAGACUGAGAGGCUCCAACCAGCGACUCAGCUUCGAGAACAUCGCUUACUCUCCAGACAACAACACGGAGGUGUCAGCGCCGAGUGUGGGCGGUGUGUCAGUCAUCAAUGUUGCAGAUGGUCAGGGAAGUGAAGCUUAAAUAAUUACCAUCAAUUCUAACACUAAUACUAUUCAAACAUCAAUAUUUUUCAUGAUCCAUUGCAAUUUCCACCUUUUCCUCGCCUCUAAAUGGUCUCUUUGCUGCUGAGCCUGUCAAUUAAUUACUCGUUCAUGACUCAAUUGUUCUUGUGUUCUGUUCUGUUACACGCAGUUUAUCAUUUCUUCCUCUUUCUGUCGUUCUCUUCUCCCCCUCCUGGUCCUCCCUUCUUCAGGCACGCAGUUCACAGAAAACGAGAAAGAUGGGCUGUUAAGAUUUUUAUAGUUUGCCUGUCUCCAAGUUUACGAUUUCAGGUUAAAAGUAAUGUGAUACCGAUAUGUGUGUGUGUGUGUGUGUGUGUGUGUGUGUGUGUGUGUGUGUGUGUGUGUGUGUGCAGUUCGGGCAAGCAGUACGGUGGUUUUCAGUGUUGUGUAUUUAUCAUAGUUUAGUUGUAUGAUGUCAAUGUAAUCACACGUUCACUUCUUCAUUACAUUACCGCUUGACAACCAAUCAAGAAUCUGUGUGUGGAUGUGAGCAAACGUUAAUCUUAAGUUCUUUCUCAAUAAAAUCUUACCGUUCAGU